GCGCAGGUACAGGGACCCAAACCGCCACGUUUCCAGCCGCCACACAUUAAAAUAAACCUCAUCUUAUGGACUAAUAUGAAAGAAGUGGAUGCGGAGGUCUGACACAGCCAAGAAAGGGAGGCAUCAUUCUUGUGGAUCAUUCUUCUUUUCCCCCCAUCACCGAGCGUCAGCAUGGAUGUCUUAGCGAACCACAGUAUCUUUCAGGAACUUCAGCUCGUUCACGACACCGGCUACUUCUCCGCCAUGCCUUCACUGGAGGAGAACUGGCAGCAGACCUGCCUAGAAUUAGAGCGUUAUCUGCAGACGGAGCCCAAGCGUCUGUCAGAGCUCUUCGACCAAGACUUGGAUGGCAUACUUACUCCGGCCUACCUGAAGGAGGACGGCGAGGAAGAGCUGUCGGACGCCCUGCUCCCCAGCCUGCCAAGCCUUCCCGAGCCACCAAGCCCACCUCCAGUUAUCCUCUGCCCAACAAGGAAGAAUUUCCCCACCACGGGUGCAAUGAAAAGAGACAUCAAACCUAAAGGCCAAGGAUUGGAAAACAUGGAAGGGAUGGAAGGGGUCCACCAGGCCCAACUGAGCGCCGUCACCUCGCUGACGCCCCCGUCGUCGCCAGAACUGGGCCGCCACCUCGUCAAACCCAACCAGACACUGACGGCCUCAGCUGACGGAACGCUUACCUUGAAGCUGGUGGCGAGGAAGGUGGGGCUAAGCGCGGCGCGGCUGGUGGCGGCGCACACACUCCCGGUGAGGAUGAAGGAUGAAGAGGAGGGGGCGGCGUGUGUCAUCGGGGUGGGGGAGCUACCGGAGAACAAGAAGAGGAUCCACCGUUGUCAAUUCAACGGCUGCAGGAAGGUGUACACCAAGAGCUCCCACCUAAAGGCCCAUCAGAGGACACAUACAGGUGAGAAGCCGUACAAGUGCUCGUGGGAGGGCUGCGAGUGGCGAUUCGCCCGGAGCGACGAGCUGACGAGGCACUACCGCAAACACACCGGCGCCAAGCCUUUUAAGUGCAACCACUGUGACAGGUGUUUCUCGCGGUCGGAUCACUUGGCGCUACACAUGAAGAGGCACAUCUGAGGAAUUUGAGAGAGGUCAGCGGGAGUGGAAGAGAGGGGAAGGGGAUGGAGGCGGAGUGGAAGACGGAGAGGGAGCAUCAUCUGCAGGAAAAUAACACCAUGGAUGUUAGAGAGGCAGCGGGACGGACUGAAAAAACCACCAGAUUUGGGCAUUCUGGACUGGAGGGAGUGUCGCCACACAGGGACGCUGACUACAGACAGAAACAGACAGGCAGAAAGUUGCUUUGUCAAUCUGUGCGCAACCUGUCGGUCCAUGAUUCCACAGUGACACGUCGUCGCCUCACAAAUGUCUCCCGGUGUUGUCGCAGGGACGAAACAGACGCUCCAUCCCACCCUUCGUAUGUGUCUCAGAGGGGAUGUCACGCAAUGAAUGGUGGACCACGUGCCUGUAGUUGGCAGCUCUUUGUUGUUGUCGUCCUUGCAGUCUUUGCAAUCGUCCCUCAGUGGAACGCUUCCCGAAAUGUCAGCCCUGUUCAUGCAGCAGUGCGCCACGUACCAGCGAGCUUACCAACGCCAAACUGGACCAGUUGUACAGUAAUUUCAACGUCCUAACAGUAGAACUGCUCUUUGUAUAUUCAAGAUUUUCUCUUCUUAGAACGUACCUUGGGCUGAGGAGAACAGUUAUUUUCCAACAGUAGCUAAACAGCAUCAUCUCACAGGGUAAGCAAGCAAGAAAGCCAGCUUUCUCUCCCUCAAACCUGCCACAGCCUUUACAAAUCGCCAAAGGGUUUAUUAUCUUAUAUAUAGGAUAGAUAAUAAUUUAUCAAUUUUUCAUCCGGCCUCUGUCACAUCUGCCAACUGGAUCCAUUUAUAAAUCCUUCUGGUUCGAUGCCAUUGGAGCACUUGUUUGAACAGAGCAUUAGAUUGGAUUUCUCAAAGACUUGAGGAUGGGAGUGUGUUGCACUGAUGUGCUGUGAAGACUGAUUGAGGUCAUCCAGAGGACUGGCUUGCUUUAUGAACAUCAUCCAUUGAGGGUUACCGCUGGAUGAAGCUAACUAAUCUACUCUAGGGAAGACUGUUCAUCUCCUAGAAUGUCAUCCAGAAACGGAGCGUCUCAAGAGAUCCUUGAUGGUUGCUCAGAGUUGUUUUUUUUCUCCUCUCCAGAAUCUUGGCUCUUACAAGUUGAAGUCAGGAACUGUUGCACAAUUGACUCUUUGGAAACCUUUUUGUACAAAAAAAAAGCCCCUCCGUCCUGAACUCGGUGACAAUUCGGGACUCACCAAACUGCUGGCUUCCACACGAAGUGCGAAGAGCCACAUGCACAAGUCGAAGCAGCUAGCUGACUGCGAUAGCACACCGAACGCAUACAAGAUCACUAUGUAUGAUAAAGGCUAUAUUGUUUCUAAGAAAAGAUUCUCCUAUUUGUUCAAAACAAUUGAAAAGACUUGUUGGAAAUGGAUGCAGCCAAAAAGUGUCUACAAUAGAUGCCCGAAAUGAUCUCUUUGGUCUUUGAGAGUGAUUGGCACCUAACUAGCCACUGGGGUUGAGGAGGAUUUUUGACCUUUUCACACCACCCAUGCAGAACUCUUCCAAUUUAGCAGAUUUCAGAGAAAAGCAGAAUUCUCCUAUUCGGGCCCUAUGCAUAUCCAAGAACAUUCCUGCUGACUUCCUGACCAUACAGAACGCAGAUUGAUGGACAUGGAAGGAACUGUAGGGCAACAUAAAUUUAAUCAAUUGGAUGGCUCUCCUGAGAGCAAAUCAAUCUGAAUGUAUCUGUUAUGUAAGUCUAUACAUGUUAAUAAGCCCUUGAAAACACUUGGGACACCAUUUACGGUAGAUCAUCUUUUUCACAUUAGAAAUGAACGGUUGGACAUGGAAUAACUAGCAAGUCACGGCUGGUAGCUUUUGACAUUUUACUGGUCAUACUGGACCAGCGGGGAGGUCAUGAGUGCAGAUUUUCAGUGGGUGGCUGAAAUGGGUUCGGGGAGGAACAGAUCUGCUCAGUCAGCAAAUGAUAACUGCCCCAUCAGCUCAUGAAACUGCAGUGGAGUGAAACCCACACACGAGUCACAUACAUACACUCCUAGAAAACUGGAAUUAACAUUUGUCCUUGGUGAUCUGACUCUUGCCUGACAGAACAAAGACGCAUAAAAUCUAGUUUUUACUCUGUAUCUAGUCUUUAAUCCUCAAAUGGAAAUGAAUUUUGGAUGAUCAUCGACUCAGCUCAACCACAAAUCAAACAGGCAGCUUGGACAAAAGUAGAUUUUCAGGAUUCUUAUGAACGUGAUUGGGAACAACUAUGUCAAGGUGUUUAUUCUUUAUUUUACAAGACUUUUAAUACUUGGAGGCAAAGUGAGGCACACAGCAGUCUGCUUUUUGGCAAGGGAGGCACUAAAUUGAUUUCACUCUGUAUACCAGAGGCGCAUUUCAAUUUCGGGUAUGAAUGCAGCCCAGCUCAAUCAUAUCUAGACAUGAUCUGUCUGCGGCGCUGGAAGUAGAAGCCCCUGCUUCGCAUAAAUAUUGAACUCUUUCUGUCUAAAUGUGCAAACAAGCCAGGCUGUCUUUUAUAUCAAACAUCAUGGUGACAGACGACCUGUUCUCACUCCCAGCUCAUCACAUAUUGUUGUCUGGAUCCCUUGGGGUCCGUUUUUUUAUGCACAGGUUACCCCUUUAGCAUAAUUGUUUAAAUUGCAAGGCUGCCUGAAGGAAGUUAGGUAGUAACUCGAAUGCAAAAGUCUGAGGAGGGGUGGCCAGGGUUGAUAGAUGGGUCCGACAAAUGACUUUCACCCCAUAAACUGCUAUUUGUGUCCCGUGACUUUCACACCAGAAACUGUGACUUUCACCCCAUGCACUGCUUUUUAUUUCCCGAGAAUUUUAGCCCAGAAACUGCUUUUCAUUUCCCCUGAUUUUCACCCCAGAAACAGUGACUUUUAUCCCAGAAACUGUGACUUUUACCCCAAAACCUGUUUUGUAUGUCCUCUGACUUUCACCCCAUGCACUGCUGGUUUAGUACCAGGACUUUCACCCCAGAAACUGUGACUUUCACCCCAUGCACUGCUUUUCAUUUCCCGAGACUUUUCCCCAAGAAACUGUGACUUUUACCCCAAAACCUGUUUUGUAUGUCCUCUGACUUUCACUCCAGAAACUGCUGGUUUAGUACCAGGACUUUCACUCCUGAAACUGCUGGUUUAGUACCAGGACUUUCACUCCUGAAACUGCUGGUUUAGUACCAGGACUUUCACUCCUGAAACUGCUGGUUUAGUACCAGGACUUUCACCCAAGAAACUGCUUUCUUUGUACUUUGACUUUCACCCCAGAAAUUACUUUUCCUGUCCCAUGACUUUCACCCCAGAAAACCCUGAUCUUUUCCUAACCCUAUACAUUAAGUAACACAAAACCUAUAGUUUUGUGUGAAUCUUCUUUAACCACAAGUCUGUUGGACAACCCACACUAAAGGGGUACCCUGUACAUUAAAAGUGACGCCAAGGGCUCAUGAUGAAAGAAGUUGGGAGUGAGAGUGUGUUUGUAAGGUCUCUACUUGCAAAGACAGGAGGGAGUGAUCACAAUAGAAAACAACUGGUACAAGUUUAAACUGGUUUAUUUUCAAAGAGACCAAAAAAUCUCACUGGCUAUCCAGGUUGCAGCUAAAACACUAUCAAUGCUACUAUUCUUUGUGAUUAUUGGCAUUAAUAAAAGUCAUAGAUACUGACUGAAUAAUUGAGAUUUGGUUUGUAGAAGAUGUAAAAAAAUAUCCGGUUUAGAUGGGAAUGUCAGAGGAGGUUAGCAGGUUUGUGGUUUCCCUGCUCGGCCCGACUCUCCGCGCUGAAGAUAAAAUGAAGAAUAGCAGUUUAACCAAUGGGUUAAAAUUGUAUCAUCAAUGGCAGCUCUUCUUGUGUGUUUCAGUAUUUCAACAGGAAACUCUCCUGUUGAACUGAAUGGUUGCGAAUGUGUGGGAAUGUGCAGCUCUGAAGUGUUGUUUUUUUUUUGUUCAUGUUCUGUACCAAUCAUAGACAGCUGAGGAUUACGGACUGAAACGCCGAAUGUGUCGGUUUUUCAUGUUCGAUUGAGACUUUAAGGCGCCAAAACGCGGAAAUAGUCAAAUUACUGGACAAUUAUAAAAAAAAAAAAAAGAAAAAAAAGUGGACUUUCUCAUGCUCAAAGAUUUCAAAUGUGAAUGUGUUUUCUGGAAAGGUUGUUUCAUGUUGUCUCAGAGGAUGCGGUUCAGUUCUGUGUCAUCUUAAUGAAUGAUUGUCAAUUCUGCUGUGCCUGUGUGUUCUUCGUCUGUUUGUAUUUGCACUCUGAAUUUUUGGAAAAAUCACUUGCAUAUCUGAUGUUUUCUGUCCGCUUGUACACUACACUUUCACAGGACGACCCCGGGUGAUAAAAACACUGAUCACAAAGUCUGUAUAGUAGCUGUUUUUUAGCACAAAUAUACAUUCAUGCAGACAUACAAA